UUAUGUCUUAAGAAUUGGAGCUGCUAGGACCAACAUAAUUAGUGUUUGUGUUCGAUAAAAAAGGCCCAGGUUUUUGCCGCACUACUUUUUCGUCCUCUCUUAGCUUAUGGACAGACCUUUUGUGUUCACUAUUCAAUAAAAACACUAUUGAAUCAGCAAAAUUUUCAUUUUGUGGCAACUUAUUAAAGUGCCAUAGUCACGUUUGCUGCUGUGGAGGUUUCAAGUUGACGUACGUUUCUAAGGAGGAAACAAAUUUUUCCGUUCGGUGUACUUUGCAUGAUUUGCAGAUGUUCAAUUAAGAAAUAAAAGAUGUUUAUUGUGGAAAUGUUAAAACCGAGGAGACCUUUGGGAGUACUCGAAAGCAGAUCAGGAAAGCAACCUGCAGUGUUUGACUGCGACUCUACGUCUGCUAUGAUAAGGAGCUUCACAAAUUCUAAAAGCAAUUACAUUGGAACAGGUUCUUCACUCCUCUCGACACAGGUGUUCUCCACCGCAGCUGAUCGUCAGACGCAGGUGGAAAUUAUGGCUGCAGAUAAUAAAACUUUGGGACAGUUUUCUUUGGUUGGCAUCCCACCUGCACCACGUAGUAUACCACAAAUUGACGUCACGUUCGACAUUGAUGCUAAUGGCAUUGUCAACGUGUCCGCUCGUGAUAAGGGAACUGGAAAGAACAACAGAAAAAUUAAUAGAAGUACAUUGAGUCAAACAAUCUCCACUCAUAAUGCACCAUUCAGAUCUUAUGCUUCUGAUGUACGCGGAGCAGUUUGUGGCAUUGAUCUUGGUACAACAAACUCAUGUGUUGCUGUUAUGGAAGGCAAAACACCUAAGGUGAUUGAAAAUGCUGAGGGAGCAAGGACGACUCCAUCAGUUGUAGCAUUUGCAUCAGAUGGAGAAAGACUUGUUGGAGCACCGGCAAAACGACAGGCAGUGGCCAAUCCUCAAAAUACCCUUUAUGCAACAAAAAGAUACAUAGGACGACCCUUUAAUGAUUCUGAAGUUCAAAAAGAUCAGAAAAACCUUUCAUUUAAAAUUGUAAAGGCAUCAAAUGGUGAUGCUUGGUUUGAUGUUCAAGGGAAAAUGUACUCACCAAGUCAAAUUGGGGCAUUUGUUUUGAUGAAAAUGAAAGAAACUGCUGAAAGUUACUUGAACACAACUGUACAAAAUGCAGUUGUCACUGUACCUGCGUAUUUUAACGAUUCUCAAAGACAGGCAACAAAAGAUGCGGGCCAGAUUGCAGGUUUUAAUGUCCUUCGUGUCAUGAACACUUCUACAGCUGCAGCGCUUGCUUAUGGGAUGAAUAGAGCAGAAGAUAAAAUCUUAGCUGUUUAUGAUCUUGGUGGUGGUACAUUUGAUGUGUCAAUUUUAGAAAUCCAAAAGGGUGUAUUUGAAGUGAAAGCAACAAAUGGUGAUACUUAUUUGGGUGGUGAGGAUUUUGAUAAUGCUCUUCUUCAGUAUCUUGUAAAGGAAUUCAAAAGAGAGUCAGGAAUUGAUCUUACUAAGGACAACAUGGCAAUUCAAAGAUUAAGAGAAGCUGCUGAAAAAGCAAAGAUUGAGUUAUCGUCGUCGAUACAAACGGAUAUCUAUCUACCUUACAUUACUAUUGGAGCAUCAGGACCCCAGGACUUGAACAUGAAAUUAACAAGAGCAAAAUUCGAGUCACUUGUUGCUGAUUUGAUUCAAAGAACUGUUGAACCUUGUAAAAAAUGUAUGAAGGACGCUGACUGUACAAUGUCAGAUAUUGGAGAAGUGUUGUUGGUUGGUGGUAUGACAAGGAUGCCUAAGGUGCAAGAACUUGUGAAGGAGAUAUUUGGUCGUUCGCCAAGUAAGGCUGUGAAUCCGGACGAAGCUGUUGCUUUAGGAGCGGCCAUUCAAGGUGGAGUUCUUGCUGGUGAUGUGAAAGAUGUUCUUCUGUUGGAUGUUACACCUUUAUCCCUUGGCAUUGAGACGCUUGGUGGUGUCUUUACCAAGCUCAUAGAGAGAAACACGACUAUUCCUACGAAAAAGAGCCAGGUGUUCUCCACCGCAGCUGAUGGUCAGACGCAAGUUGAAAUUAAGGUUUGUCAAGGUGAACGUGAAAUGGCUUCAGAUAAUAAAACUUUGGGACAGUUUUCUUUGGUUGGCAUCCCACCUGCACCACGUGGUAUACCACAAAUUAACGUCACGUUCAACAUUGAUGCUAAUGGCAUUGUCAACGUGUCCGCUCGUGAUAAGGGAACUGGAAAAGAACAACAGAUUGUCAUCCAAUCUUCUGGUGGUUUGAACAAAGAUGAGAUUGAAAAUAUGAUUAAACAAGCUGAAAUGUAUGCAGAAAGUGACAGAGAAAGAAAGGAAAAAACUGAAGCAGUCAACCAUGCUGAAAGCAUUUUACAUGACACAGAAUCGAAAAUUGAAGAGUUCAAAGAUAAGUUGCCACAAGACGAGGCUGCCAGUUUAAAGGAGGAAAUUACCAAAGUACACGCGGUGUUAGCAAACACCGAGAAUUCUUCUGCGGAAGAAAUUAAAGAGCGAUGUAAUGAAUUACAACAGAAGUCACUCAAAUUAUUUGAGAUGGCUUAUAAAAAGAUGGCUUCGGAAGAAGAGGAUGGCUCGCAAAUAAAUUAACAGCCUGAACAUGAAAAAAAAACAAGGCGAAAACUAAAACGGUCUCCAUUUUAUUAGUAACAUACACUCAAUAAACGGAAUUUGGUAUUGAUCACCAACCUUUUCAUUUCAAGUUGCAUGGUAAUAUCAUCAUUCUCAUCUUCAAUGUAGUAUUCUGGUGUAUUUUCAAUAGGUUCUGUGCUUCUUGUACUUGUUGUGAGUGUGAUUGAGAGUAGGUACUUUCUGCUUUUGUAACUGUAGUAUGAUUUAUUUGAGGUCUCUGUAUGUCUGGUUUUAUCACUGUAGUAAUCAGGAUUAUGAUCAUUAGAAUUAUCAGACAUCUAACAACACAAA